AUGUUCGCUCUUCACAAAACUAAGACGAGGAACAUCUUGUAUUUUAGGGGUGGUGUUGUUUCUUAUGAACUGGCCUUAAACCUGACUCGAUACCUGGAAAAUGAGAGACAGGCAUUGCCUUGGAUGGCCUUUAAGACUACGCUGGAUUAUUUGAUCAGCAUGACCUUUAGGGAAAAGGACUUUAUUUUUGUCAGGGCGUACUUCCUGAAACUUCUGAAGCCGACUUUUGCGAACAUUGAACUUGACAAAGACGAGUACAUGAAAAACAUCAUUUUCUCUCUGGCUUCCACCUUCGACUAUCCACCUGCGGUAGCAAUGGCCGAUCUUCUUUUCACCAACUUUUCGAAAAGCUGCAACGACAGCUAUGCUCGAAGUAGCACAUGCAGCAGUGUACCUCCGUACAUUCGAAAACAGGUGUACUGUCUGGGCGUUUCAAAAGGUGCCUACGACGCGUGGAACUUUAUGUGGAAUCUGUAUAAGAAAGAAGAACAAGAGCACGAAAGACAGUAUUUAUUGUACGGCUUGUCUUGCACUCAUCAGCCCUAUUUGAUUGAUAGGCGUCUCGUCGUCAGCCAGUCGCUUUCUCCUCAGAACGAGAGCAGGAUGGCAGUGGUUUCACGCGAAGCUCACCAUAAGGCACCAUUGGGGUAG